AUGUACUGGUUUUCUACUCUACUAUACUGGUGGGCUCUCCCCAGUUGCAUUGCUCGUCGAAUCCCACGCGAUGACCACGCUUCAUCCCCCCUAAACGAGGCCUUCGAAAAGAAAGUCAACUGGGCCCUAGACCAUUUCAGCAUCCCUGGGCUCGCAGUAUCCGUAGUCCGCGGAGAAGACAUCUUCGCCAAGGGCUACGGUAUAUCUAAUACAGAGACAUCCAAACCGGUUACCGAACAUACCCUGUUUGAAGGAGCCAGCACAACCAAAGCAUUCACGGCAGCAGCAAUGUCCCUUCUGGUAGACGACAACGAGAACUACCCCGAUAUCCAAUGGGCGACACCAGUGCAUGAUCUCCUACCGGAGUUUGUUCUUGAAGACCCGUGGACCACGACCCACGUCACGCUCGAGGAUAUUCUAUCUCAUCGCUCGGGCUUACCACGCCACGACUGGAUCGCCAACGCAAACAUCACCAUCCAGGAAGUUAUCUCCAAACUGCGCUACGCGCCCUUAACAGCACCCAUUCGCACACAAUGGCAAUACACCAACCUCUUGUAUAUGACAGCUGGCUAUCUUAUCGAGACACAGACCGGCCAGCCACUGAAAGAGUUCCUGCGCAGCCGAAUCUGGGAACCCCUCAACAUGACCGAGACGUAUUUCACUCCGACCGAUGCCCAGGCGGCAAACGAAGACAUCGCCAAGGGCUAUUACGUCGAUUCAGACCACCAAUUCAAAGAUGCAGGCUACCCAUCCCCGAAGAUUCUCCGCGGGGCGUCGGGGGUGCUCUCUUCCGCGACCGACUACGCCAAAUGGCUCCGCGCCAUGAUCCAUCGCAGACCACCCCUAUCUGCAGCCGGACAUGCCGCAGUCACAAGCGCACAUAGUAUUAUUCUCCCGACAUCGUAUAAAGGCCACGCGGUGGUGCAACACACCGGCGCCAUAUAUGGCUUCGGAUCCAUGGUGAUCUUCCUCCCAGACGUGCACCUGGGGAUCACGAUCAUGGGAAAUAACCUGAUAUCCACGAACGCGGUUGCGAGCGUGUUGGCCUACCACAUCAUCGACGAAGUUCUGGGCAUUCCAGAGGAAGAUAGAUUCGAUUGGGCUAAAGAGUAUCUACCCCCCGAUCCCCAAGCCGAGAAAGUCCUCAACGUGACAAUCACCCCCGAUCCACGAUCCCUCUACCCAACAAUCCCCAAUCCGCCUCUCCCCCCGCCUCUACCUGUAGCUAGCAUCACGGGCCUAUACACCCACCCGGCCUACCCAACCCUCAACUUCACAGAAAGCUGCUCGCAGAAAUCCAUCAUCCCGCCCCUAACCAAUGCCACAACGGCCCCUAGACUUUGCAUGUUUUUCGUGAACCCUGCAGAACUCCCGGAGUCGCUCAUCAUGGAGAUCGUGCAUGUCUCUGGGGAUGACUGGAUCUUCGGAUCUGAGUAUGAUGGGAUUGCGACGUCGACGAAAGUCGAGAUCAAGGUUGGACCGGACGGGUUGGUUGAACGGCUGGGGAUCGAGGCGGAUGGAGCUAUGGCGGCGUUGGGGGAGAAGAUUUGGUGGGCUAAGAGUGAUUGA